GUAGGUGUGCUGCUACUUUGUCUCCUACGAGAAACAAAGCAAAGUCCAUGUUGUGUAGCUCUCACAUCACCUGACUUUGUCUUGGGAUUGAGAUCUGCCUUUUUCUGCUUCUGGGUUCUUCUCACAUUGUCAAAAGCACCACUCUUCAAGCCCAAGGUUCAUGAAUCAUUGAUUAUCUGUUGUGGUAGAUAUAGGAGAAGAGGAGGAAUCCUUCAAGUGGUUGAUUCCUUUGUUCCUGACUUGACUUUUUGAGAGAAGGCUUGUUCAACAUUCUCAAUAGAUGCAAAGAUGGUGAAGAAAAGAAAGAUUGUUCAGUAUAGGGAGAGGCUGGAUAGGACUCUUGCCUCACUUGAUCUUACAAAUGAUGAGAUACUCAAAAAGCUUGUUGAAAGUCAACUCCCACGUUCUUUAGAACCUGAAAUAGAAGGAUUUAGAGAUAAAUUAGUAGAAACCAAGACUGCAGAGAUAUCUAACUUUCUUGAUAUGCUGAGGAGUGCUUCUUCAGAUGAUAGUGGAAGAUCUAAUACAUCACACACUGAUUGGAAAUUAAAACAAGAUGGUGAAGAGUUUCGAGUUAUGUAUCGCGAAGGGCCAGAGGGAACUCCCUUUCAUACAAUGCUUGUAGAAGGCUUUGUAGAUGGGCCUGUUGAUGUUUGUUUAUGUAUCUCAUGGGAGACAUCCCUUUACAGAAAAUGGUGGCCUCAGUCUACUAUUCCCACUUUCAAAAUCUUAUCAACUGAAUGUUUGCAGAAGGUCCGUAUUGGGGAACAAUUAUCACUAGUGAGGGUGAAGGUUUCAUGGCCUUUGUCUCUGAGGGAAGCUAUAGUGCACUAUUAUCUGUUUGAGUACUUUCAAGAUGACUUAAUUGUUGUUCUUACAAAUUCGGUUCCUGAGUCAAAGAAUGUCACAGAGAUCCUUGGUUUCGACAGCGAGGCAAUUCCUGAAGCAAAGGAUGUCGUGAGAGUGGAUUUGGUGGGAGGCUUUGCUUUGCAAAAGGUGACAUCAGAAAGAAGUUACUUUCGGACGAUAGCAAAUAUGGAUAUAAAGCUGGAUUUUGUGCCUCCAUCCCUCAUAAAUUUUAUUUCAAGACAGCUCAUUGGCAAUGGUUUCAGACUUUACCAGAAGACUGUGUCUUCUAUGAUGAGCAAUGAUAAAGGAGAAUUCAGCAAGGCCUUGGGGGAUCCAUUAUAUGUAAGAAUUCGUGAAGCUUUAUAUAACACUAGUGGAUCAAAGGCUAUGGAUGGCGAAGAGCUUCACCAAAUUGCAAGUGUUCUCCCUGCUGAAGAUCUUGUUGAAAGUAAGCAUGGUGAGGAAAAAGAUGCAUCCAUAGAAGAUAUAAGCAGUCAGUAUGCAAAUAAUGCCAUGCCAAUGGCAAUGAAUACAAAAGUACUAGAUAGUAGCAAGACAUUUGGUGAGAUUGUAGAAGUAGAUUGUGAAGAAAUUGAAAUUGUGCAAAGUGAGGAAGAAGAAUACCAAGAAGUAAAAGACACUCCAAAAAAGAAAGUUGAUGAAACGAGAGUACUAAGGGGCAAGAGGGGUGUAUAUAUCAGAUCAGAUGUAGCACAGGCUCUGGAAACAUUAGACAAAGCCAUUUCAAUGGUUCGUGAACGGCGACUUCAUUCUAGGGAUGAAUCUUCCAGCGUUGCCAAUGAAGAGCCCCCUUGUAUGAAAAAUGAUGGUGGAGUUGAUCCAUAUUCCUCAAAGCUCAUUCAACCAAGUUCCAAAAAUGAGGUUAGUGUUGGAGUACCAAAUGGAGGUAUUCCAGAGGGAAGUUUACAAGAGGCACCUGAGACUAACUCUGGCAUCCAAAACUCAAGGUACAUGGGAACAAAUCCAAACUUAAAGGAAGUGAAUUCUAACAAAGUAGUACCAACUUCAUCAGAGCAGAAUCUUUCAAGACAUAUCUUGGCAAGCCAGGUUGUUUCAUAUUCUUUGGAAAAUGGAUCAAUUCUGGAUCAAACCACAAUCAACAACAAGAAACUAAACCCUGAUUCGAUCAAAGCCGUGUCUUCAGAUCAUGUAGACAAGUCAAGAAGGCAGAAAAAACUAACUCAAGGUAUGAAUUCAGAUGUACCAAAGAAAUUCAGCAGGCAGAAAAAAAAUCUAUACUGUUGUUUUCUGCAUUAACUAAAACGGAAGGAAGUUAACUGGCUGAAAGCAGAGGAAGAAAACAGAGUAUUUUGUCAAACAUGUAACACAAGCUACAAUAACUUAGUACAGGUUUUAUAUACCUUAAUUGAUCUUGUAUACCAACAUAAUUCUCCCUUUUAUUUUGUGGUAAUAAUCUUUUUUCCUUUGUUUUUGCCAGCCAUAUAAUCUAUGUAUAUUUGUUUGCUCCUCAA